AUGAUGUCACUGUCAGCAAUUAUAGUUUUAUUUGCAGUACAAUUUGUACACAUUAAAUCAGCAAGGAUAUUAGCAGUUUAUCCAACACCAUCAAUCAGUCAUCAAGUGGUAUUUCGAAGUUUAACUGAUGAAUUGAUUAAGCAUGGUCAUCAGAUUACCGUUAUCACUACUGAUCCAAAAUACCCAAAAGGACAAUCUCCUAAGAAUUUAACGGAAAUCGAUAUGCAUGAUCUAUCAUAUAGAAUAUGGAAAGAUGUAUUGUUACAUGUUAAAUCAGCAGACCAAGAAAGUACAGCACUGGAAAUGCUAUUACGAGGGGCAUCAAAUGUUUUUAAAGCACAGCUUAGAACUCAGGAAUUUCAAGAAAUUAUACAGAAAAAGAAAGGGGAAUAUGAUUUGUUAUUGCUUGAAGCAUAUCUUAAGCCAGGUUUAGUGUUAUCAGAAAUUUUCAAGGUACCUGUGAUCCUCGUGAGUUCUUUAGGUGCUGUAAAUGAAAACUUUCGCGCUGUAGGUGUGCCUACUCAUCCGUUUAUAUAUCCAAGUCCAGUUCAACGUAAAAUAUACAAUCUGACAAACUUAGAAAAGUUACAACAAUGGUACGAGCAUUGGAAAAUGGAAAAUAUUUUCAGUGCAAUCGAUGUAGAGGAUGACAAAAUGUUAAAAUCUAUGUUUGGUCAAGGAAUUCCAUAUAUAGAUGAAUUAAUGAAUAAUAUUGACAUGCUGAUAAUUAAUAUGCAUCCAAUUUGGUUAGAAAACCAGCCAGUUCCACCUAGUACAAUAUACGUUGGUGGAUUACACCUAAAGCCUCCACAGGAUUUACCUAAGGUAUGUAACAGUAGCGGAACUCACGGCUCACGGAACUUUGCUCGCACUAAAAGUACA